GAAAACCGAACUUGGCUUACGACAGCGACGGGGCGUCGAAAAUGCGGCUGGCAGUAAAUUACCUACGAUAAGUGGCCGAUAAGAAUAGCCCCGUCCGCCAUUUGCGGAUGCUAUAUCGGGCUUAUAUACCUCCACCGCAAGUCACGCUGAAUCGAGGCAUGCGCAACUUGCUGUACGCUUCUCUCUCCCUCGCCAGGUAUGCAUGUAGGCGUGUGCCGGCCAGGAAAAUUAGAAAUCCGCACGUACGGAGGGGAGGCGGAGGGUUUUUUUUCUUAAAAAAAAAAAAAAAAGAAAGGAGAAAAGGAAAAAGAACGAAAGGGGCAUAGCAUGCGACGCCUCCCGCCUUCUCCAACCCCAUCCCACGCGAUAAUAGCUCCGAAAAGGCCGGUACGUAGGGGUUCGCGGGAGAAGGGGGAAAAAGAAAACCCAGAACCUGCCGCGCCCAUUGGCAGCCGGACGAGUAAGCCUCGUCCGCCCUCGGUUCACGUAGGAUCGCGAGAGACGCGUACCCCCCCGGCCUUCGAAAGGGGGACCAACAGCUUCCUCUCUCGAACGCUUCCGCCGCGACCCCGAGCGCUCUCUCCCUCUCUCGUAAGCUCCACGAGCACACGCUUAGGCCGUCCGCGAGGGGACGAGACGACAGCUUCGCCCGCCUCAUGUGAGAGCUCACCGGCCUGCCCGGGGUCUGCCGCUGCGCCGAAUACACCCCUCCCCUCCCCCCGACGGAUGGGGGCCGAUGCGAUGCACGGACUGUGGCUUAAUGCACACGGUGUAAACGCCUACUCAUAUAGUAGGCGCCGACAGGGGAAAGAAAGGCGAGCAACAACUCGUGCGGUGCUGCCGAUGGGUAACAACUGUCUUCUACUGCUGUUUCGCUCUUCCUUCUCUGCCUCUUCCUCGUCUUGCCUAGCGCCGUCGCGGACGCUUCUGCGAGAGAGAGAGAGUUGCUUCUCGCUCGCGCACCCUCACACCCUUCAUCCUCACUCCUACGACUGCCGAAUCCGGCGACGUGCAGCCCGUGCGGAGGGUGCUCGGGACGCGGUCGUCAGCAUUUCGUACGUUGCCUGGGGAGGUAGGUAGGGAGGUAGGGCGGGAGAUAGAAGCAGGCCUGC